CUUCUUCAUCGACAGAGCUAUAGGACUGCCCACCCAGAAUCUUUAGGUAAAUGAGAUCAUGAUUCUGGAAGGAAGUGGUGUAAUGAAUCUCAACCCAGCCAACAACCUCCUCCACCAGCAGCCAGCCUGGACGGAAAGCUACCCCACAUGCAAUGUUUCCAGUGGUUUUUUUGGAGGCCAGUGGCAUGAAAUCCACCCUCAGUACUGGACCAAAUACCAGGUGUGGGAAUGGCUACAGCACCUCCUGGACACCAACCAGCUGGAUGCCAGCUGCAUCCCUUUCCAGGAGUUUGACAUCAGCGGAGAACACCUGUGCAGUAUGAGCCUGCAGGAGUUCACGAGGGCAGCAGGCUCUGCUGGGCAGCUGCUCUACAGCAACUUGCAGCAGCUCAAGUGGAAUGGCCAGUGCAGCAGUGACCUUUUCCAGUCCACACACAAUGUCAUUGUCAAGACUGAACAAACAGAUCCUUCCAUUAUGAACACAUGGAAAGAAGAAAACUAUCUCUAUGACCCCAGCUAUGGUAGCACAGUAGAUCUGAUGGACAGUAAAACUUUCUGCCGGGCCCAAAUCUCCAUGACAACCUCCAGUCACCUUCCAGUUGCAGAGUCACCUGAUAUGAAAAAGGAACAAGACCACCCUGUAAAGUCCCACACCAAAAAGCACAACCCAAGAGGGACUCACUUAUGGGAGUUCAUUCGAGACAUUCUCCUGAGCCCAGACAAGAACCCAGGGCUGAUCAAAUGGGAAGACCGUUCAGAAGGUAUCUUCAGGUUCCUGAAGUCAGAGGCUGUGGCUCAGCUGUGGGGGAAAAAGAAGAACAACAGUAGUAUGACCUACGAGAAACUCAGCCGGGCCAUGAGAUACUACUACAAACGAGAAAUUCUGGAACGUGUGGAUGGGCGACGGCUGGUCUAUAAAUUUGGGAAGAAUGCUCGUGGAUGGAGAGAAAAUGAGAACUGAGGCUGCCAACCCUUGGGACACAAACCAAAAACACAGCAUAUGGAUUAAAAUCAAUGAAGAACUGGACGUAAAUAUUUCAAAGACUGCUUUUCAGUGAUAUUUAUGUACCAUGAAGGGACAAAAACGAUCUGCUUCUGUUGGGAAGAACAGACACUACAGUUGAUAAAAGAAAAAAAAUAUUUUGUUACUUUGAAGUAUGUCCUAUGUGGGGAACAAACGUACACAGUUUUCUGUGAACUAUGAAGCUGUAUGUGGUUGUGAUUUGCUAUUGCCUCUGUUGUGAUAUUCUUUUCUACUCCAAGAACAACAGGGCCUGUAGCCUUGUGUUUCUUGCUAAGAGGAAGGGAAAAGAAAUAAGAGGGCAUUAAAUGUUUUCAUAUACAAAAUGA